CGCUCUCAGCCAGCUGUGGCAUCUUGUACGGUGGAUGAUAGAAUGACGUUGGUUGAAAAAAUGGCGGCCACGGUCGAGGUGGAUUGUAAACACAUCAACUGUACCAAUUGUUGAUAUUCUUGGCGGAGAGAAACGAGGGCGUUCGUCCAAGCGAAGAAAACAAACGAAUCGCCAGAAGUAUGGCAACAAAUGGAGAGAAGGCGAGUGGAGGAGAGGAGGGGUCGGAUUCCGAGGUGGCUGAGCUUCGCCAGAAAGUAGAGUCUCUAAAGCAAGAACUGAAAAGCUGCACAAAAGAACUGACCAAAUUACAGAAACAACUGACCAAGUCUGAGAGUCUUCAGAAAAGCACAGAAGGCUACAAUGAAGACUUGAGGAAACAGGUCAACAAGCUUAGUGCAGAGAUUCAUGAACGAAAGAAAAAGGCGAAAGAGAGAGCUGAAGCUGAGACACAGACAGAGGAAUAUACCUGGUCAGAAACUGAUUAUUACAACUACUACUAUGGAGGAGGCUACUACCAGGGUGAUGGUGUGACUACAGACACCCAGGGGACCGUGACACCUGAGGGGCAGGAAGCCACUGAUGCCUCAGAGAUGACAGCUGCAGAAUCAACCACUGACACAGCUACAGACAUGACGACAGACAACGCCACAGCGAUGAUUACAGAUGUGUCUGUAGAGGGUGGUAUUACUGCCACUCAACCAGAGGAAGUGGAUACGGGCUCCAUAGCAGACAUGCUGAGAGCCACAGCUGAGCAGGCCAUGACACAGACUGGCUUUGUGUUUGAUGAGACCACAGGGAUGUACUACGACCACAGCACUGGCUUUUACUACGACUCGGCCAGUCAGUUGUACUAUGAUAACAACACAGGCAUGUACUACUAUUACGAUGCAGAGAGUGGCAAGUACCAGUUCCACUCCAGGAUAGAGGUUCCUACUGUACAGCCUGUCUCAGAGACCAGCCAGGUGAAAAAGAGCCUAGACAAGAAAGGAAGGAAGUGGAAGAAAGUUCCAGAGAGAACCGCCCGUCAGGAUGAUAAGGGCCUUGUAAAGGAGGAGCUGGACCUUGAUGAGUGGAUGGAGCGGCGAAUCCCGAAGAGGGGCACAGGCUCGCGCAGGCAUAGGGGCCGGUCGCUUACUCCAGACACUCAUCUGCAAAAAAAACGCUCCUUGAAGACUCGCCAGGCGAAGAGUGCCGAACGCUCCUUGAAGAGGAAGAAGAGGAGGGACGGGUUGCGCUCCGAUGAUGCGAGCAGCUCGAGGCGGAGGAAGAAGAAGAAGGCAAAAUCAGAUAAACUCAUCAAGAAAAAGAAGAAGGCUAAAGCAGCGUCUGCGUCGCAGAGUGAUGACUCGAGUGGGAACAAUGAUCCUGAGGAGGGGGAGAUCACGGAGUCGGAGAGAGAAUGGAAGUCUACCUCUUCCUCCCCUCCUCCCACAAUAUACAGCUCAGAGUCAGAGAUAGAGAGUCAGGAAGUUGCUGAGAAGGUGUGGCCACCCUGUGUGAGGGUGACAGUGGUCAGAUCUCCAGUGUUACAGACAGGAACACUCUUCAUCAUCACAGCUGACUCUCCAGCCACCAUUGGCAGGGAGAAGGAUAUGAACCAUGCCAUUAGUAUAUCUGAAAUGGGAGUCAGUAAGCUCCAUGCAGAGGUGUACUUUGACCAGGACCAACAGUGCUACAUGCUAGUGGACCAGGGAAGUCAGAACGGAACUGUCCUCAAUGGCAACCGAAUCCUACAGCCCAACGCUAAGUGUGACCCUUGCCCUCUGACCCAUGGGGAUGAGGUGAAGAUGGGAGAGACUGUUCUGUCCUUCCACAUCCACGCAGGGACAGACACCUGUGACGGCUGUGAACCUGGACAGGUCAUGGCUCACCUCAGCAAACACCAGAGGAACCAACCACUACAGACCGGUCCAGCUCCAACCAAAGAGGACAAGGAGCUGCUCCGACAGAAAGAACUGAAACAGAUGAAGGUUAAAUAUGGCCUGAAGAGCGCUGAGUAUGAGGAGGAUAAAGCCCUGAGGAACCCCAGGUAUGUGGACCGGGCCGAGUCUCGCCGUCAGACCGUGGGCAGCGAGGGAGUCUUUCAACGGGAUGACGCACCCGCCUCUGUACACGUUGAGAUCAGUGAAGUCAACAAGGGAAGGAAGAUGUUGGAGAAGAUGGGCUGGAAGAAAGGAGAAGGCCUGGGCAAAGAUGGAGCUGGAAUGAAAGACCCGAUCCAGUUAAAGAUCCGGAAGUCCCAGUCAGGCUUUGGGGCAGGAGCUGCUGUGUCGGUGGACGAGGCUGGGACUCUGAGUAGGACCAAGACCCAGAGGAACUGGGAGAAGGCCAGGGAGCGGUUUAAUGACACAUGCCAGACAGAGACACCCACAGUCAAGAAGGAGCAGAGCACAGCACCCAAACCCUGGGUUAAAGGAGAAGUGGCUGAGUGACAUCCAAUGUUUCUAGUCUAUAUCUCAGAAAGGCCAGUCACCCAAUCCACCAGGGAGAAGUGGGUAAUUGACUGCAGACGGACACACAGGGUGGUCUAAUUGCAUUAUCUUUACUGACUGAAUCCACGUCUUGGAAUGAGUAUGGUGCUGGUACUCAGAUUUUAUUCCAACCGCAAUAAAGUGGCAUAGUGCCAUCUGUCCAGUCAUUCAGAACUGUGCAGUGUGAACAUUAAAUGUGUGGGGUUUUUAUUUUAUCUUUAUUUAACUAGGCAAGUCAGUUAAGAACAAAUUCUUAUUUUCAAUGACUGCCUAGGAACGGUGGGUUUAAGUACGCAGAAUGACAGCUGUUUACCUUGUCAGCUCGGGGAUUCAAUCUUGCAACCUUUCGAUUACUAGUCCAACUCUCUAACCACUAGGCUACCUGCUGCCCAAGAGAGGGAUGGUGCAGAAGCAGAAUUGGGUUCUGCAUAAUUUAAUAUGCUAAAGAACCUUGUUCCUGCAAAUGUGUGACAUGUCUUACUCUUGAAGAAAAAGGAAUGUAAAGCAACAGUUUUUUGAGCAGCCUGUGAUAUCCACCGAAACUGUACCAUCAUACUUAAACUGUUGUUUUGAUUUUGUCUGCAGUACAAAAGGUAAUUAUUUUAGGCCUUUAUUUAAUUUGACAUUACAUUAAAUAAAGAAAGUGAAUCAA